AUGCUCCAUCUGACCCUCACUUCUCCAACCUGGAGAACUCUGAGCAUUACUCUUAGCCUUUCUCUUUUCCUCUAUUACCGAUUCAUCUAUUUGAACCAGCACGACAACAACAACUCCCAUACGUUUUCCAUGAUGGAUGCAACUACAAGUUAUAAUGGAUCCUAUAUUCAGUCGACUUCUUCUUUGAAUAAUGGAGAACAAUUAUAUUCACCUCUUGCAUCAUCAUCAUCAUCAUUAGAUUCACCUCAAAACCAACAGCAACAACAAAAUAUCACUCUCUUCACCUUAUUGCUUCAUGAAUUAUUUAAUUAUUAUCGAUAUCUAAUUUUGGAAAAUAAGAUGGGAGUUUUAAUUCAUUUGCAUACGGUGUUUAUUUUGCUGUAUUAUGCAUGUCGAUUUGUAUUGUUGAAAUUUUUGGGGAAUGUCACCCAGAAAGAGAAGGACGCGUUUUCGAAUGGAUUAAUUCCCUAUGUAACGAUUAAUACCUUAUUUGUAUUUUAUAUUUUAAACCAUUUUAAGAAUAUUAAUUAUUUAAAUGAAAUUAUAAUUUGGAUUGUUUGGUUGUCUGUAACUGGAAUUUUGAAGAGUUUUAAUAUUGUGUGUCGAGUGAGGUCUUCAACCAUGAUGGAAGAUGUCAUUGCUCCAGACAAGGAAAAGCAUCUCAAAAUGAUUACUUUAUUGACAAUUAUUUGCUUUACAAAUUUGGGAAUGAUUAUAUAUGCAACGAUAUAUAUCAUUGGUUUUUACAAUAAUGACUACUCAUACUAUUUAUUAUUCAUCUACGAAAAUGUUACACUAUUCUUGGAAAAUACUCGAAUAUUUGCCAAAUAUGGAGGAUUUGUGUGUGAAAUUUUUGGACUCAUCAAUACUGAUACUCAUCGAAAAAGCUCGGAAAAUGAAAGUUCAUUCAUUAAGAAACUUCUCUCUACAAUUUUUCACAAUGAAACGAUUUACAUUACACGAUUUGUUUUAGAAAUUUUACUGCUCGUCAUUGCAACCAUGCACUACAUGCAUGUUUGGUACAACAAUGGACUUAAUUUUGCAGUCAUUGAUUUGUUACUCUUUGCAUUGAUUAAUAAUUCAUUCAACGAAUUUAGAAUUCAAGCCUCUCGUUUGCUGGAAUAUCGAAGAAUUAGUAGAAUGUUGAAAGAACAAUUUCCUGCACCCACUCUAGAGGAAUGUCGUGAGAAUGAGCUUUGUACCAUUUGUCACGAAUCAUUUCAUUUGGAUCAUGUCGAGGAAUUACAAUCAUGCACAAGAAAACUUGAAUGUGGGCACGUAUUCCAUUUGAUAUGUAUCACUCAGUGGAUGCGAUGCUCCUUUACGUGUCCAAUUUGUAGGAGAGAUGUGAUUCGAGAAGUGAACAAGACGACCUCCUCAGGGAAAGAUGAGUCCAAACAUGAGGAGCAUACUGGAACGACCGACCAUCAUCAUUCUGGAAUGCCCUCCACAUCAGGAGACGAGACUCCCACCUCUCCAGUGAAUCCGCACACAACCACCUUGCUCAGUACGAGUGGAAAUUGGCUUCCAUUCUCCUUAAAGAUUGAGGAAACUUCGAGUGACAUUGAAUCGAGCGAUGACGAGGAUGGAAUGCAUGACUCAUUCGGAGAGAGUGCUGCAAACCUUCAAGAUGAUUCUGAUACCACUCCAAUAACACAAUAA